UUUGCAGAAUUCCUCGAGGAUUUUCUAAAUAAAGCAUUUUUAAAAUGAGACUAAAGAGACUCGAUAUGAUGUUUCUUGUCGGCAUCACCCAGAUUGCCACUGCUCUCCUCUUUAAGUAUUCACCUGCUCAGAGUUCUUCUGAGGCCAGCGGAUCCCACAGCACGGGAGUGGUGCGGUUCCAGGAGGUGUGGGGGCAGAGCCAGUGUCGCACCAUGGAGAAGCUGGUGGAGGUGGUACACGAGUACCCGGGGGAGGUGGAGCACAUCUUCAAGCCCGCCUGCGUGCUGCUGUGGCGCUGCGCCGGUUGCUGCACCGACGAGAGCUAUGAGUGCUACCCCACACUAACCCAAAACAUCACCAUCCAGCUGCUGAAGAUCAAAGCAGCAGGCGAAGACAGAGGCUAUGUCGAGAUGCCAUUUAUGGAGCACCAAACAUGUGAAUGUAGGUAA